AUGAAAUCCAGGAAAUUCUGCUGCCCGCGGCGUGCCCCUCGCGCCUGUGAGACGGAAAUGAUGGCCCUCUUAGUCGUCCCGCUGCUUCUGCACACGGGGCUCGUGCUGGGGUCCAACUACGGCUACGUGGAGUGGUCGGACAACGACCGAGACGACAAGCACCCGCCGGUGUUCAGCACCCAAAACGUUCCGAGGGAGCCGCCCCGUCGCCCGACCCGCUACCCGGCGCCGGCCACCGAGCGCGCGGUGGUCGCGCACAAGAUCGAGGAGGACCUGCCCCGCGUGGUGACCGCCUUCCUGCACACGGGGGACUCCUCGGCCCUGAGGCAGGUCAACUGCUCGCGGAGGUACGAGCUGAGCAGCCUGCGGGGCGGCCUCCACGUCGCCUCCCACUACUCCCUGCACAGCGUCCUGGACACCGUGGCGCACGCCACCAACUUCCUCAACACGAUCCUCCAAGCCAACAGGUCCCGCGAGCAAACCGCUCGCAGGGACGUCCACUGGUACCACGCGCUGGUCCAGAGCAUCCUCCAAGGGGACCCCAAAAUCCACAGGGCGGUGGUGACCCUGCACACCGACGCGCCCACCCCCGGGCCGCACGUCUUUCUCCAGGGGACGCGGGCGGGGGGCGAGGUGGUGCUGCGGGACCUCUCCGCCUCCGCGCACCGCCAGUUGAGCGGCAGAAGCCCGGAGACCGACUGGUUUAACGACUUCAGGGACGGCGGGAGGCCUCAGCUGCACAGGAGGGUCCCGGAGGGGUCGGACCCCGGCGGAGGAAACUACUUUCUGAACAAAAAGCAGAUCAAGUGGUCGGCCCCGUUUCUGGAGUGCGAGCACGGGGCUUUCGUGCCCCACUGGCUUCUCACCUUGUCUGCAGGCUUCUACGGACUGAGGAGCAACUCGGCGCCGGAGUUCAGCCCCCUAAUAAUUUUCUUGGCCUUUUCCCCUCUGCCUCCCUUUCCUUCCUUCUCUCCUCCUGCUAUGCCUUCCAUCUCUCUGUCUGAAAGGGGCGUUGUCCGUGUGGAUGUGAACCUGCAGGACGUGGACAUUGACCAGUGUUCCGACACGGGUUGGUUUGCUGGAACCCAUCGCUGUAACCUCACAAGCAUGGAGCGGCUCCCCGUCUCUCCUCAGAGGAGCGAGUCUCUACGGCUGUAG